AGACAUAAAUAAGAAGAAGUAGAAUUUAACUAUUAUUAGAGGUUAUGGUUCGGGUUUCAAGAAUUUGUUAAAUAAGAAAAUCGAAAUGUUUCAGAGUUCUUUGAAAAUGUGUGUUCGCCUGUCGUCUACUUCCAGAGAAGGCCUUCGACGAAUCUCGUCCUCCAUAAAACCUGUAGGAGCCCAUUCUGUCAGAUCCAAACCAGAUAGCUUGAAGCAAGAGAUUCUAGAAUAUCGUCAUGUAUAUCCAGAAUUCUUACCAGACCCUAAAUUUGAGUUCAGAAAUUCAGUAAGAGAAAAACUGGAACGGAAUGACAUGAUUGCCAGGAGACAAAAUAUUGACAUACCAGAGUUUUAUGUGGGGUCUAUAAUGGCUGUAGAAUCAUCUGAUCCUCACACCCCAGGAAAGACACACAGAUUUGUAGGGAUUUGUAUACAGAGAGGUGGUUGUGGUUUGAGAGCACAUUUUACUUUGAGAAAUGUUAUAGACCAUCAGGGAGUGGAAGUUCAGUAUGAAAUGUAUGAUCCAACAAUUCAUAAAGUUGAUGUUCUUAAGUUAGAAAAACGCCUUGAUGAUGAGCUGCUGUAUCUCAGAGAUGCUCUUCCAGAAUAUAGUACUUUUGAUCCAAAUAUGGAGCCUGAAAUUCUUUCAGAAGGAACUUCUGUACCAGUAAAUACAAUCAAAGUGAAACUCAAGCCCAAGCCUUGGCUGGAAAGAUGGGAGAGAAAAAAUCUACAGGGUGUGCAAGAUCUAGAAUUAGAUGAGAAGUUUUACAAGAAGGCUGAAGAAGUGGCAACACCAUGGGAAAAAUAUGACCUCAUGAAAGAGUACAUGAGAACAAUUCCUGUAGAGGAACAAACAGAAAUAUAUGGUGAAUUGCAAACCAAACUACAAAAAUUGAAUGCCCAAGGGAAGAAAAUGAAGAGAAAGAGAGUAUUUGUGAAACCAACAAAACUUGCUUAGUUAAUUGUAAUUAAAAAAAUUCCAGUAUGGAUAUUAUUGUGUUGUGUGUUUUUCUAUCAUAAUUUCAACUUUCAGAACAAAAAGUUUGAUACUUCAUUUCUGAAAAAAUAUAUUUAAAAAUUACAACAAACAUCUUUUUAAUAAUAUACAAGAAAAAAUAAAUACAUAAUUGUGACAAAAAAAAGUUUUUGAACAAUUUCAAAUGUACAAAACAAAAUACAAGGUUGGUAUAUUUUCAAUUCUAUAGGCAGUAGACUCACUGAUAUUUACAAUAUAAUAUGUAGCAAUCAAGAACAGAAUAAUAAUUUCUGGUGUCUUGGAUACCAGAAGUAAG